CUUUGGACGCUCACAGGGGGUGGUGCUAGACAGCUCAGAGCAGAAACUUUAAACUUUUUUAUAGCUCCAUCCAGUCGAUAGUGCCAGAUACAAACACAUAACCCUGGGGAGAAGAGGCUUGAUUUCCUAGGCAGAGGCGCCCUGGUUUCAAGAGUCAGGUGUUGGCUUUCACUCGGCUUGGCUGGCGUUGGCUCCUAUUGGCAUCUGUGGCAACUCUCUCCUACAUCACACCUCCCACCCCAGCCAGACAGAGAGGAGUGUCUGUUGAGCCAUGGUGUCACCUUGCCACAGGAAUGCUCUGGGUGCACUACUGCUGGUGUUAGUCCAAGGCUGGUCGCAAUCUGUGAGUCAGGAGUACGACUACUACAGCUGGCCCUCAGACAACUUCCAGCAUGGUCGCUUUUAUACGAAGCAGCCGCAGUGUGUGGACAUCCCAGCGGACAUGCAGCUCUGCCACAAUGUGGGCUACAAGCGCAUGCGCCUGCCUAACCUGCUGGAGCACGAAUCCAUGCCUGAGGUCAAGCAGCAAGCCAGCAGCUGGGUGCCUCUGCUGGCCAAGCGGUGCCACUCGGACACACAGGUUUUCCUCUGCUCCCUGUUUGCACCUGUCUGUCUGGACCGGCCCAUCUAUCCAUGCCGCUCACUUUGCGAGGUGGUGCGUGACUCCUGCGCUCCUGUCAUGGAAUCCUAUGGCUUCCCCUGGCCUGAGAUGCUCAACUGCAACAAGUUUCCCUUUGACAAUGAUUUGUGCAUCACAGUGCAAUUUGGAAACAGCCAGGCUACGCAGCCACCAGUGUCAAAGAUCUGCACCCAGUGUGAGAUGGAGCACAAAGCUGAUGGCAUAAUGGAGCAGAUGUGUUCCAGUGACUUUGUGGUUAAGUUGCGCAUCAAGGAAAUCAAGAAGGAGAAUGGUGAGAGACGACUGGUGGCUGCUCAGAAGAAGAAAAAGCUACUCAAAGUGGGACCAUUGAAACGCAAGGAUACCAAGAAGUUAGUGUUGCAUAUGAAGAAUGCAGGUGCCUGCCCUUGCCCACAGCUUGAUGACCUCAGUGGUAGUUUCCUAGUGAUGGGUCGCAAGGUGGGUGGGAGGUUGCUGGUCUUGGCUAUUUAUCGCUGGGAGAAGAAGAACAAAGAGAUGAAGUUUGCUGUCAAAUUCAUGUUUUCCUACCCCUGUUCCAUGCACUACCCGUUCUUCUAUGGAGCUGAUCCCCACUGAGCUCCCCAUUCAUGCUGAGAUCCUUGCUCACUCUUCUUCAGAAUACCCUCUACAGUCCCUUUCUUUAUAAUGGUAGACUAACACCAAAUCACACACCUUGGGAAUUGCAAGGAUCCUUUCUUUCAUAGAUCAUAUUCCAUUUAGUUCCAAAUCUUCAUAAAGGCUUCAUAUCCAUCAGCAGAAACUCUCAACACAUCUUCACUGGAAAAUAUUAGUCCUCUUACCAACACUAAGCAGCAACUCAUCAAGAUAUCUUCUUCCCAGUAAUGACUUGUUAGCCUUAACUGGAAUAUUUAAAGAAAACAACACCACCCUCUAGUCUACAUUUCUACCAAGAAAAGUGUCUUAACAUUUAUGAACAUUUUGAGUUGAGAAAUCCUGUUUUGAUAAUGUUUGCAAUCUUUUAAACCCGCUAAGUAUAGAUGCCCAGCUCCAUAACAGUGGCUUUCCCACCCUCUGAUUGUAAACUGCAGAUUCCAGCAUUGUAAUAGGAACCACAAUAUCCAAUUUGCAUUUCAUUGGGCUGACAGACCCCAGUUGUAUUAUUUCCUCCUUCCAACUCCUAUCUGUCUACUCCACAUGUUUCCAAGUCAUGUAGAACAAAGGUGGACAGAAAGUAGAUCUAAUCUGCUGAUAUAUGUUUGGGUGAUUUGCAGUAGAUUGGCAAGAGUUUCUAACUCCCAAUUGUUUUGCAACAACAAUGACAAAAUGACUUUUUCCCCACCUAAAUAAAGCAUUGAAACAAAAAUAGCACUGGGUAAUCAGUAGUAGAUUAUGUGAGGCCAGAUGAAAAAUAAUUUUUUCAGUGAUAAAUAUAUAACAUUUGCAUCUCACUUGAGGUUCUGGGGAGAAGAUUACCCACAAAUUAGAUCCUAAAGGAUUAAAAUAUGCCCAUUCCUGAUAAAAUAUGUAAAGUGCAGGUUAGGCAGAUCCUAUUUUACAUUACUUUGUUGGAGGGAAACUAUUCUUUAGUCAUUAACACUCUUGGAUUCUCGCUUCUUCUUGCUAGCGAUCCUUAUCCUCUGCCUCCCACUGUCAUUGUCACUGGGUUGAUUUUUGCAAGCACCUUUCAAGGAAGAAUUCUGUAGCACCUUUAAGCACUGCGUGUAAAAUCAAACAAGGUGUGAGGUUGCACUUGGGACUGCUCCCAAGGCAAACACUCGUCCAGGUGCAGCCAUCGUGCCACCCAGCCAGAGAUCAGAAUAGCCCAUGGCCGUAAGUAAUUUCAGAAGGUAAGAGCACCUGAUGGCACAGUGGGUUAAACCCUUGUGCCUGCAGGACUGAUGACUUGAAGGUUGGGUUGCUGACCUGAAGGUUGUUGGUUCGAAUCCAACUCAGGGAGAGCGCGGAUAAGCUCCUCUAUCAGAUCCAUGCGGACAUGAGAGAAGCCUCCCACAAGGGCGGUAAAAACAUCAAAACAUCCAGGUGUCCCCUGGGCAACAUCCUUGCAGACUGCCAAUUCUCUCACACCAGAAGUGACUUGCAGUUUCUCAAAUCGUUCCUGACACACACAAAAAAUUGGAGAAGGUUUCAGUAGCCACUUCACUAGAUAAACCAAUUUACAAGGAUGUAACUGAAAUUGACCUAUUAGUCCUUUUUGUUAAUUGCAUCUCCCCUUUUACAACCCUCAUCUCCUCAUUUACUAGGUUACAUUUGAUAUAUGACAACUCAAGUGUAUGAGCAGAGCCAGACUACAAGAAUAAGUCCGUCUUGUGUGCAUAGCAGUGAGGGUGCCAAACCACCAACUGGGCCUGCUGGGUAUCUGUAUCCACCACGCAGGAUGCCAGACCACCAACUGAGCCCAGUGGAUGGCAAACAGAGUGUGUAUGUGUCUUCUGCGGACCCUUCCAUCUGGCAUAUUUCCAGGUUUUUGAGUGCUGGGAUCAGCUGGCACACAAUCUUGGAAUUAAUAAUUACAGAAUCAGCACUGCCAAUGGUGGAGCGGAUGGGGGCAGGGAGAACUGCCCAACACAAAGCAAGCUGUGAGGAUCGAUCCUGACUUUGCACUGGAACUCAUUCCCAGCUAAAUUUUGCUGGAGGAAUUUGGAUUAGGGAGCCUUCAAAAACAUCUCUUUCACUCAUUAAUCCAUGACUUUCAGAUGUUCUGUUUUCACUACCUGGCACCAUAUACUGUACAGAAUGUAUCGUUGCAGCCGGAGACUAGAAUUCAUGGUCCUUGGCUACAAUUGCAUAUCAUGACUCAGUUUCCCUUGCAUAAUACUCAGCUCCAGUUCUUUCAAACUAUAUUCACUUUAGCGGAAUGAAUUUAUAAUCAUAAGUGCAAAGAUGAUUUAUCAUAGGUGCUAGCAAUGGUGGGGCACAAGCAAUAGAUAGGUUCUGAAAAGAAGGGGGUAAAUCUUGAGAUAUCUUCCAGAAUGCCUCUUUCUUAAACAGAAAGCCCACAUUAAAAAAAAAGUAAUCCAAUUCUACUUCUCCUGAAAUAUUCCCCAUAGCUCAAAUAUACUUUGUCCUCCAGAUUUUACCUUUUUUUUUCUUUCCUGUCAAGCACCGAGUCAAAGUUUGAUCCUCUUUUUGUAUAUUUAUACAACCCAAGCAUAAACACAGACUAAAACUUGAAAGGAAACAACUCUCAAGGACAUGCCCAUGACUUCAGUGGUGUUAAAGGAAGUCAUACCCCAUCUAAUGCCUAUGGUUUCUCUAUCAGUCAUUUCACAUUAGUUAAUUACUAAUUAAUGCCCCCGGUGGCGCAACAUGUUAAGGCGCUGAGCUACUGAACCUGUGGACUAAAAGGUCACAGGUUUGAAUCGGGAGAGCAGAGUGAGCACUUUCUGUUAGCCCCAGCUUCUGCCAACCUAGCAGUUCAAAAACAUGCAAAUGUGAGUAGAUCAACAGCUACUGCUCUGGCGGGAAGGUAACAGCGCUCCAUGCAAUCAUGCCGACCACAUGACCUUGGAGGUGUCUACGGACAAUGCCGGCUCUUCGGCUUAGAAAUAAAGAUGAGCACCAAUCCCCAGAGGUGGACACAACUCGACUUAAUGUCAGGGGAAAACCUUUACCUUUACCUAAUCUCACCCAAUUUUACUGAGAUCACUUGCUUAUUUAUUCUACUAGAUUUCAUCAAGAUCUAUUGUCUGUUAAGGAGCCCUUAAUGGAUAUUAAUUCCUGAAUCUUCAUGCUCAAUUACCCCAGAUGUAUCUACAUCUUGCCCUGGGCAUAAUCUAAAUAUAAUAUUUCUUUCAAAAAAACAAAUCUGAGGAUCAUAAAGAGACAAAACAUACUUUCCCACCAAAGUCUCACCAUUAGCACAACACAGACAUCUGUGUAAUACUAUCCCGGUAUCUUUCCCAUCCAUAAUCUGCAACGUCCAACAUAGAUGUGUCUGUCUUUAACCUAUAUAAGAAAAAAUUCUUCUAUGACUCACAGAUUCAUUCUAAAAAAUCACAAGCAUGUAUUGUCUUCCGCAUGAAAGCUCCAAACAUAGGAACUCUGCCCUCAUGAGGCCACAAUUACACAUUUCCUGCAGAUUUCGGCUCAGGCACUUAUCUCCCAUUCUAGUUUUCCUUGUUAUCUUGUGAACAUCCUUUUAAAAUUACUUGUACCCUAGAACUCAAUUCUAUAAACCAAAUCCCUUUUGCCUUUUCAGCAAGGCUAACUCAACAUGAAUCGGGGUUCACAACUUCAAGCCUGCCCAACUAAUGAAGGUGGAUAAUAUAUUCAGAGGUUGGGAAAUUUACUCAUUUGGAUCAAAACACUCAUUGUAGUCAUGCUGGUUGGGGAGUUCUGGUAACUGUAGUCCAAAAAAAAUUUUUUCUCCAGGGCCAACACAAUUUUUACACCAUUUUUGUUCUCAUUUUCCAAUUUCACCUGGCAACAUCCAACCCAUCACUGCUCAGCUUCAUGAAAACACAUAGAAGCCCUUCUGUGUCUUGUAGUGAGAGCAUUUCCUACUUCCAUGCCUCAAACCACAGAAAUGGAUUAACUGUGUAUUUGCUUUUGCCCAGUCGUGUUGUGCUGCUCAGUUGGAAACAGGUAUGGAGGAAAAUGCCUACCUUGUUAGUGCUUUCAGAUCGCCAUAAACAUGGUGACUCAUGGGACUCAUGCUCAGUGCCCAGUAACCUAAAACAAGCAGGGCCUUCUUAACUGAGCAGAAUAUUCCUAGUUUUUAACAAAAUAUCAAACUAGGACCAUGAUCUAUUUCAGUUUAUUUUCAGACAUUAAAGAUUAAUUUAAGAAAUGGACCUUCAUCUGCUCUAUGUCCAAUAUCCUUCCAAAUAAACAAUCCUAUAACCCUG